AAAUUUUAUAAAAAGCAUUGAAAAGAACUGGAAAGAAGGUUAUUUUUAAUUUUUGAUAUACAAAUUUGGAUCUCAAAUAAACACAUUUUGAAAUGGAUGAUCCAGAAUUGGAACAAAUUAGAAAGCAAAGAUUAGCACAGCUACAAUCACAGUCCCAAUAUGGCGAAGGUGAUCGUCAAAAAAAGGAGGAGGAAGUCAAAGCUCAAGAAGACAUGAAAAACUCGAUAUUAGUCCAAAUUUUGGACCAGUCUGCUCGUGCUAGAUUAAACACUCUUAUGCUAGGAAAACCGGAAAAGGGACGAAUGGUCGAAAACAUGCUAGUUCAAAUGGCUCGAUCGGGCCAAAUUGGCACGAAAAUAAGCGAAAAAGAUUUAAUCGGACUGUUAGAAAACGUCAGCAAUCAAACUAAAAGCAAGACUUCCGUUAAGUUCGACAGAAGGAGAGCCGCCUUAGAUUCCGACGAUGAGGAUUUUUAAUACAUUUAUUUAUAACAAUUUAAAAAAUUAAAAAUAAUUGAUACAACAUUGAGUUUAAUAUUUUGUACACUUAUAAAUAAAAUAAAUUAAACACAUCUAUUACAUCAAGUGACUAGAGAG